GAAUAUUUUCAAAUAGUGAUUGGUGCCAUUGGUGGUUGUGUAGUAAUUUAAAUAUGUGUAUUAUCUGAAUAAUUCCAUGAUAUCGAUCAAAAUGAGCGAGUCCGAGGAAACGAAUAAGGAGAAACGCCAUCACGAUAGUGACAAUGACUCUGACGGGUUUGUGGGGCCAACUCUGUCAGAAGCUGCCCCGCCGAAAAAACGGAAAGUUCUUCCCCACGAAAGGCUCUAUCUGGAGAGCCUUCCUUGCGCAGAGUCAUAUGAGAAGAGUUACAUGCACAGAGAUGUCAUCACACACUGUCUUGUUUCCUCUACUGACUUCAUAGUGACUGCCAGCUGUGAUGGCCAUAUAAAAUUUUGGAAAAAGAUGGAAACGGGUAUUGAGUUUGUCAAACAUUUCCGCAGUCAUUUGGGGCCUAUAGUCAAGAUAGCAUGCAACAGUGAAGGAACUUUGUUGUGCUCUGCUUCACUGGACAAAUCUUUGAAAAUUUUUGAUGUUGUCAACUUUGAUAUGAUCAAUAUGCUGAAAUUGGAGUAUGUUCCUGGUACAGUUGAAUGGAUUCAUGGAUCAGGAGACCCUAUACACUCCCUGGCUGUAUCUGAUAAGGAAUCUCCAAAUAUUUAUAUCUAUGAUGGGCGGUCUGAUGGAACACAUCUGGAAGUGUUGGGUAAAAUUCACAUGAAUCCUGUAAGUCUGAUCAAGUAUAAUCCAAAAUAUGAUGUUGCUAUAUCUGCUGACAAAAAGGGAAUGUUGGAAUAUUGGACUGGUAACAAGCAGGAUUAUAUUUUUCCUAAAAAUGUAGCCUUUGAUUCCAAAUUGGAUACUGACUUGUUUGAAUUUGCAAAAAAUAAAACUUUCCCUACUGGCCUAGCAUUUUCUGUUGAUGGCAAAAAAUUUGCAGCUAUUUCUACAGACAGAAGAGUCAGGGUUUUCAAUUUUAUCACUGGUAAAUUGUUGAGGGUAUUGGACGAAACCUUGCCUAGGUUCACGGAACACCAACAAAAAACCCAGCAACUGCCCAACAUGGAGUUUGGCAGACGCAUGGCCGUAGAAAGGGACUUGGAACGGUCCGAAAGUUUCGAACUAGGCAACAUAACCUUCGACGAAAGCGGCUACUUCAUUAUGUACGCGACACUGUUGGGUGUCAAGCUCAUCAACAUACACACCAACAGGUGUGUCCGUAUCAUCGGUAAAAACGAGAAUUUGCGGAUGCUGAACGUCGCUCUCUAUCAAGGCUCGGCAAAAAAGGCCAAGGCGGCUGUCACGCUAGAAAUCGAGGCUUCCAACAACCCCACGUUGGACGCCAUUCAACCGGAUCCCACAAUAAUCUGUACGGCAUAUAAAAAAUCACGCUUUUAUCUCUUCAGCCGAAGAGAACCUGAUGAUAUCCAGACCGAUCAGGACAGAGACGUAUUCAAUGAGAAACCUUCCAAGGAGGAUACGAUGUCAGCAACUGAAAAUCCAGCGGUUCAGAGACUGUACGAGAAUGCUAUUUUGCACACUGUGUUUGGGGACAUUCACGUCAAACUGUUCGUGAAGGACUGUCCUAAGACCGUGGAGAAUUUUUGCGUUCACAGCAAGAACGGGUACUACAAUGGGCACAUUUUCCACAGGGUCAUCAAAGGAUUCAUGGUUCAAACAGGUGAUCCCACCGGUAACGGCACAGGCGGCGAGAGCAUCUGGGGUGGGGAGUUCGAGGACGAGAUAAGGCCUCAUUUGAGGCACGACAGGCCCUACACGGUCUCCAUGGCCAACGCGGGGCCCAACACCAACGGCAGCCAGUUCUUCAUAACAAUGACCCCCACCCCAUGGCUGGACAACAAACACACCAUUUUUGGAAGGGUGGUGAAAGGGAUGGAGGUGGUGCAGAAUAUUAGUAAUGUUAAAACGAACACGAAAACAGAUAAGCCGUUUGAUGAUAUUAGGAUCGUUUCUGUUACUGUAAAGUGAUUUUCAUGUCAAUACAUUAUUUUAUCUAC